AUGCUCAGAAACAAAAUUGCAGCCGCUUUUACAGCCAUCAGAAACCAUGUAUCAAGAUUCCAAGUUCGUCGGGGCUCGACUGCAUCCCCCUUGAUACCAGGAGCAGGUCUUCCGCACAAAACAUCCAAGCCUUCAGCAAUCGACCAGAAAACCAAACUACCUGCACACUCUAUCAUCCCGACCAACGUGUUACUACGCUCACUUUUAGUCACCACAAUAUCCUCCAAUUGGAUCCUCCGCGUCCCGUCUUUGUCGAUUCUAAUGUUACUCGCAAAAGCAAAAGGUCCUCUUUUCAAUGUGGAUAGAAACCCGUUCAUCCAUGGCUUUCUGAAGAGGACUCUAUAUGACCAUUUCUGUGCGGGUGAGGUGGAAGGCCAGGUGCGAGAUACUAUACGACAACUUAAGGAUACAGGGCUACGGGGUGUUAUCUUGACUUAUGCACGGGAGACUACACGGGAUGACCGUGUUGCAAAACAAAAGGAAGAGAGCAAUGAAAAGGUGGAAGCACUGGAAAGGGACGAAAUGAUCCAGGGCUGGACGGAUGGCGUGCUGAGGACAAUAGAGAUGAUUGGCGAAGGUGAUUACCUAGCACUCAAGUUGACUGGAGCCGGCCCCCAAGUCAACCAAGCCUUAACCACCAACACACCCCCACCACCCCAAAUGAUUGAAGCCCUCGACGAAAUAUGCCGCCGCGUCGUACAAAAGAAUGCCCGGAUUCUAAUGGACGCUGAACAACGCGCCUUCCUCGACGGGAUCUACUCAUGGACACUCGACCUGAUGCGCAAGUACAAUCGAGAUGGCAGGGCAGUCGUAUACAACACUUACCAGGCUUAUCUUAAAGCUACGCCAGACGUUAUUUCUGCACACAUGCAGGCUGCCGGAAACGAGGGAUUCAUUCUCGGGUUGAAGCUGGUUCGCGGGGCGUACAUGGGCUCGGACCCGAGGCAUUUGAUCCAUGAUACGAAAGAAGAGACUGAUAUGGCGUAUGAUACUAUCGUGAAGAGUGUGCUGUCGAAACGGUUCAAGGGUUUUGGUGGGGAGAACGAAAAGGCGUUCCCGCAUACGGAUUUAUUCCUGGCAUCUCAUAAUUACAAGAGCGUCAUGGCUGCUCAUCACCUGCACCAGUCUCGGAUGAGUGCACAGCUCCCCACCGUCAAGGUGGAGUACGGGCAGUUAAUGGGAAUGGCAGAUGGUGUGAGUUACGGGCUAUUGCAAGUCAAGGGCCAUAAUAAUACGUCCCCGGGAGUUUACAAGUGCUUGACGUGGGGAAGUCUGGGAGAAUGUCUGCAGUAUCUCGUGAGACGGGCAAUGGAGAACCAGGAUGCGGUGGCACGGACGGAUUCGGAACACCAAGCAUUGAAAGCGGAGGUGAAGAGGAGAUUUCUGGGGGUCUUGCGUGGUUAG